AUGUCUUACAGUCACAAGUCCAGCAGCUCUCAAAAACUUUUACAGAAACCACGGACGACCUACAGAGACAAUGUUAAUAAGAAAUGCGACGAGACGGUUAAGAGAAUAGAAAUCCAAGAUAAAAAAGUUAAUGAAGUUAAAGCCGAAUUGUCCAAGUCUAUAUUGGAAUCUUCUACCAAAAAUGAUUCACUUUUAAAGCAGCCUGAUAAUAAAAUAUUAACUGAAGAAAAGAAUCGGGGUGAUGAUGUUAAAAAGUUGGUCUCUGAUAUCAAUUUAAUCAAAGACACAAACCAAAAAAGAGACACUAAAUUUGAAGAACUGUUUAAAAAAUGUGACGACUCUAUACAUCAGAGAACGCAAAUCUUUGCUAUGAUGGGUGAGCUGAGAAAAAAGACGCGGGUUAUGGAAGAAAAUCUUCUACUAGAUGUUGGAAAUUUGCAAGGUUCAGUUGACAAACUAGACUCAGAAGUGAGCAAACAGGAUGAAAUGAUUAAAGGUCAACAGGUUAAACUCGAGGAAUUACAAGUUAACUUAGAUAUCCUAUCAAAGUCUUUGACAGAAACAGCAACCGACUUUGAAAAUAAAUUACAAAGGGAAAUAAAGAAUAGAAGUGAAAGAGUUAGCAGAAUGGAAGUUGACAUUCUUUUGAUCAAAAGUUCGAAUAAAACCAAGGACUCAAAGCUCACGGAGCUAAAGAAGGAAAACGACGAAAAUCAAAAGACCUUACAAAAAUCUUUAAAGGACCUUAAUUUAAAAGUCACGGAAUUAGGCAAAGAAGUAAUAGACAUGAAAAAGAAGCAGAAUACAAUGGAUCAACUGAUCACUUUGUUUACUGAAAAACAAAAAAAGUCCAUCGAAAAUGUCGAGGUGAGAUUUAAUAUACUGGAGUUCCGGAUACAAGUGCAAGAAAAGAAAUCUGACCAAGAGAAAAUAGAAGACUCUAAUCGUUUGUCUGAAUUCACAACCCAGUUUAAUUCCAAACUACAACAACUUGACAAUAAAAUGCAAACAGAAACAAAGAAUGUGCAUGAUCAAUUUAAAUAUGUAAGAAAUAAUGUUCUGUUGAUGAAAGAUGCAAAUCAAACUAGGGAUUCUAAGCUCACGGAACUCGAUCAGGAUCAAAAGACUUUACAAAGUUCGGUGAACGAUCUUCUUUCGCAAGUCAAGGAUGUUAGAAAAGAAGCAGUAUGCAUCAAACAGAAGCAAGCAAAUAUUUUAGAUCGGUUCUCUUUCAUAUCAGAGAAGCAAAGCAAGUCCAUUUCGAGUAUUAAUAUAACAUGUGACAAACUAGAAAACAAAAUAAAAGAGCAUGACAAGAAGUUUGAUGAUACGAAUACAGCAGUCGCAAAACAAAUUUCUGAAACAUCAGUCAAAUUUGAUGCACAACUAAAACAAUUUGACAAAAGAGUAACAACAGAAACACUGUGUAUGCGUGACAAAAUAAAAAAUCUCAGUUACGAUAUUCUGUCGCUAAAAGAUAGCAUGUUAAUCAAGGACUCUAAACUCGAGGAGCUAACUAAGAAAAAUGAUGACCUAUUGGGUCAGAUUCAAAGCCUGAUUGUUGAAUCAGACGAGCUGGACAAAACGAUCCGGGACCUGGAUAGCAGAUGUUUGCAAGACAAAAAGGCUUUGCAAGACGCUGAAUUUGAAAUAAAAACACAGAUCGAUAAUUUGGGAAACUUUAACAUUGAUACUAAACAGAAGCUGACGACAAUGGAAGAGCAGAUAACGUUAUUGAGCCCUAAAGUCGACCAGCUACAACAAGACGGCGUUAACUUCCAGCAGUUCCGAGAUUCAGCAAACCGUUGGUUGUGGAAUAUCAAGGUCACGUGUGACACUCUGGAAGACAAGAUGACUGCCCAGGGUAAAAACGUAGAAGAGCUCAAGACAAAGCACCAAGUUCUGUCUAAAUCAAUGUUAGACAGUGCCGCUGUAAUGACGUCCCACAGGAAAAAGUUGGAGGAGGUAAUAAGAAAGGAAACACAGAGCAGAUGUACUGAAAUAAACAACCUGCGACUUGAAGUGCAGGCGAUAGAAAAAGAGCAUCAAAAAGGCAACUCGAAAAUAGUAGACCUAUACCUGAAGAUAAACGCGCAAGAUAGCAAACUGAAAAGCCUGCGUGUUGACAUAGAUAGCUUAAAUUCUGCAAGAAAAAAUUUGGAACAGUGCAGUAAGCAGGCCCAGUCUACACUACAAGAAUUGAGAAGCCAGCUGAUAUUAGAGGUUCAGCAAACAAAAACAGUUAUAGAACAGUACAAACAGGAAAUAGACAAGACUCAAGCAAUCGUAAAAACUCAGAUUAGUGCUAUUUUGGAUAAACAAGCACUUAUACAAAACAAGGUUGACAAGAAUGAGGAGAAGUUUAAACAAGCUUUGUCGGACAUGGAUAACUAUCUCUCAGUAAAAGAAAAAGAACUCAAUGAUGCUAAAACUAACCUUCAGACAUUAUACACAGAUUUAUUUAACUUACGAAAACAUGUAGGGGAAAAAUUAAUACUGCAUAAUACCAAAAUAGAUGAAUUGGGGACUGCGAUGGAUACUGUUUUCCGGCGUUUGGGUUUGUGA